CUUCUCCUCUGCCGACUGAAGCCCCCCAAGCCACCGACUUUCUUCCCCCUUGAAAAACCUGGUGAGAUCUUGAUGAAUUUCUCUUCCUUUCUUGUUAAAUCACAAGAUUUGGGGCUUAGAAUCUUCCCUCUCAACCUAGAAAAUCCCGGAUCUACUUUGCUUUUCUCCCCUGUCCAUCGGCUGCUAUGUGGGUUUGAAUUUCUAGGCAUUUUUCGGUCCGUGAGUUUCCUGCAGCUUGCCGCCGGCUUCUUCUUCCCCUGCUAGCUCUGGUUCUUGCUAGAAAAUUAUGGUAUGAUGGCCACUUCUUUAAGCCUUAAAUUAGCCAUUUAAUUGCUGCCUUGUGUGUGUCCGAAUUGUGCCGGAAAUGGGGAGGAAUUCCGAUAGCAUUAGUAGCAUUUCAAAUGUGUUUUAAGCUUGAUUAAGUAGAAUUUAGCUUGAAUUAGCUGCUGUGAUGUUUUGUGUGAAAAUCUCGUGUGUGUGAAUUGUGAUUUGCCAAAGUUAUGCUCUCCUUGUGCUACCGUGAGAAAUGGGAAAAUUUUGGUAGAUUAAGUUAUGUUUUCAAGCUUGGUUUAAGUGUAAAUUAGCUUGAAUUGGGUUGUGGUGAUUUUGGAGAAAAAUCCCGUGAAUUAGCUAGUGUUUUGGCCCAUUUUUGGAAGUUAGAGUUACUGUUCACGUCGUGGUACUGUUCACAGAACACUGUUCACACACCGAGGGCCAACAAUUAACGGGGAUUUAAGUGAUUAGUUUGUGAUAUAAGAACGAAUUUGGAGAUAUUUGAUCAUGUGGAGAUUGAUAGGAAUAGCAUCAGGAUUAAGAGUGAUCUUAAUGAUGAUUUCAGUUUGAAUUUGUGAUAGUCCGGUAUUAAUUCUGAGGUAUUUUGAUUAGGUUCCCGAUCGUUCUGUCAGUUUAGUACGUGAAUUGAGUGCUCGGUUUUGCGGAGUGAGGUAAGUAAAUUAUGGUAACGCCC